AUGGCCGGUGGCGUCGGCGCCGGCGGCCCUAAGGAGUCGCGCCAGGCUGCCGGCGGCCCCAGCUCGGCCGGCAACGGUGCCCGCCAGCACCGCAAGUUCUUCAUCCAGAGCACCUUUGGCAACCCGCGCGAGCGCAGGAGCCGCAAGAACCGGCCGUGCGAUGCCUGUCGCCGCCGCAAGACGGCCUGCGUCAUCACGUCGGAGCCGCCCUGCAUGUUUUGCGAAAGUAGAGGCAUCGUCUGUCGCUCGACGCCCUCCUCGGCCCCCGCUGCCCCCGACUGUGACGGUGAUGCCGCCGUUUCCUCGACGCCGGACCAGUCCUUUCACUUUCACCUACAACCACAGCAGCACCACCAGCACCAGCAACCGCAGCAGCAACCGCAGCAACGACGGCAAGAACAGCAGCAGCCGCCGCCGCCGCCGCCGCCGCGGCACCAACGGCAUCAUCUCCCACGGCUCGCCGAACCGCCGCCGCUGCAUCCGCCGCCCCUCCCCGUUCCUCACCACGUCCGAGGAGAGACGGCUGACCUGCUUACCCUGGCCUCGGCGGGGAGCCAUGAGUAUGACCAAAGGCGUCAUGCUGGCCGGGACGGUGACCCCAAGCUCGACGGCGACCUCGACCUCGACCUCGACCUCGACCACGGCGGCCGCGCCGGCGACGGUGACGGCGACCUCGACGUCAAGCACGAAGCCGACCAAGAUCGCGAGCUCGACCUGGACGUCGGCAGUCCCACGACCAAAUCCUCGUCCUCGUUCGGCAUCGGCGCCAUGGCCCUCGACCCCCGGCACGCCGCCUCCUCGCGCGCCGAGCCGACGUACAACGGCCAGGCGGCUGCCCUUCACCACAAUCUCGUCUACCACUCGAGCCCCUCGACGGUCGAUCUGGAGCCGCCGCCGCCGCCGUCGUCGGACGUCUCGUCGUCCCUCUCCGUCGCCUCCCCCAAGCCCGUCGCCUCGACGCAGUCGCUCGAGGACGUGCCCGGCCGCUGUGCCUACUUCAUGGGCCCGACGGCCGAGCAGGACGGCUUCCUCCUCGACGCCUUCCGCUACGGCAUCCUGAGCGAAAAGUUCAACCUCGACGCCAACAUCGCCCAGGUGCACUCGGGCAGCGCCAUGGCCGACGACAACCCGAUACACUUCCUCUUCCUCGAGAUCGGCCACCCCGAGCACGUGAACCGCGACCGCCAGAGCGCCGCCGACCACAUCGAGUCCAAGGUCUGGCCCUACGGCCCGAACCUCGUCCGUCUCUACUUUCGACACGUGCACCCCGUCUUCCCCAUCGCCUCCAAGGUACGCUUCCUGCGCAAGUACCACGACGACAAGAACGCCAUCCCGGCCUGCAUGAGGGCCGCCGUCUACGCCCUCGCCUCCGUCUUCUGGCAGGACGACCCGACCCUCAGGGGCAGUCCCCGGCCCUUCCCCCAGCACGAGAUGGUCGACUACGCCCACCGCGCGCUGCGGCGCGAGAUCGAAAACCCCAACCUCUUCGUCCUGCAGGCCUGCCUGCUCCUCAUCCACAUCACGCCGCCGGCCAUCGACAGCAUGGAGGCGCCGACGACGUGGACCAUGGCCGCCCAGGCGACGGCCUGCGCCCAGGUCAUAGGCCUCCACCAGGACCCUGGCCGCUGGAACAUCAACCCGACGGAGCAGCAUCUGCGGAGGAAGCUUUGGUGGGCCACCUUCUACACCGACUGCUGGUCGUCGAUAUGCCACGGGAACCCGCCGCACAUCUCGGCGACGUCGUACAACACGUCGCCGCUGGCCAUGGCCGACGUGCGCUGCGACGAGGAGGUGCCCGCCGACCUGCAGCACCUCGUCGAGCCGGGCGAUGCCGACUUUGAGAUCUCGACGGGCGCCCGCUUCCUCGAGAUGAUCCACAUCGCGCGCUCCUUGCGAUCCGUCCUCUACUGCAGCUUGUACGUUGUCCCUGCCGCGUCGGUCGCCGCCGCCCGACCGCUAACCCGCUCGCACAGUCAGGUCAGCACCGCCGGACGGACGAUGAGCGAUAGCCUCCAGGCCCAGCUCGAACUUGCCAACGUGCAGGCCCGGCUCCGGGACUGGCCGAGCCUGAUACCGUCGUGCCUCAUUCUUCAAAAGGAGGAGAGGAAGCGGUCUCCCGUCACUUCGUUCAACUGCCCUCUCCACUUGUCAUUUUACGCCGCCCAGGUGAUCCUCUACCGAGCCCUCAUGCACCCCCCGACGCGUGCGGCGAGGUCGACGCCCGGAUCCAACCUGCGUAAAUGGUUCCCCGAAGCGCUAGCCACCUUCGAGGCAUUUGCCGAGUUCUUUUCCUGCGUGAACAAGCACGACCUCUUCGGGUUCUGGGGACGACACGCCCGCUCUCACCUCAUCCUGUGCGGCAACUUUCUCGUCUUCCUCUUCCUGCUCGCCUGGGACAGCUCUGAUAUCGAGCGGGCAUAUCGCAUGCUCGAGUCGUUCCACUCCACCGUGCAUGCCCUGUGGGACGAGGAAUUCGUCGAAGUCAAGGCCCUGCUGCGGGUGGCCAUUAUACGAAUCGACUCGUUCUUCUCGCAGGCGGCGCAAAUCAUGCGAAACGGAGGUGAGGCGAGCUUUCCGUCCCUCCCGCCCGUCGAGCCGAAGCCGUGA